GUUGUCAAUCGCGUUUUAUGCCGAUUUAACCCUCGACGGUCGUGCAGACGUCUGAAGGAUGGAAUCGGAGUGAGGUCGCGUUCGGAAGCGGUUUCUCGUCAUGGAUGUGUUCAGCUUUGUCAGGAUGCCCAAACUGGCGGGCCACAGGACCAAAGCCCCCAGCGGUCCUCCGUCAACUCAAGGCAGCUGGACGCCCACCCAGGGACCCUCCAAUGGCUGGGAAAUGGCGUCGUCUAGAGAUGGACGUGACUGCUACAUCAAUCACCUGUCACAGUCGAGCUCUCUGGAGGAGGUGCGUGUUGAUGUGGAGAGGUUUGUUCCUCCUGCACCACGGAAGGUAGAGAUGAGACGGGACCCGGUGCUCGGCUUCGGCUUCGUGGCGGGCAGUGAGAAGCCAGUGGUGGUCCGCUCGGUCACUCCAGGCGGUCCAUCAGAAGGGAGGCUGAUCCCGGGAGAUGAAAUCGUGAUGAUAAACGAUGAGGCGGUCACCUCGGCUCCCAGAGAAAGAGUCAUUGACCUCGUGAGAAGUUGUAAGGAGUCCAUCAUACUGACGGUGGUGCAGCCGUACCCUUCGCCCAAAUCUGCCUUCAUCAGUGCAGCUAAAAAAGCCAAGCUGAAGUCCAAUCCGGUGAAGGUCCGAUUCGCUGAGGAGGUCAUCAUUAACGGACAAGUACCUGAAACUGUGAAAGAUAAUUCUCUACUCUUCAUGCCAAACGUGUUGAAGGUGUAUCUGGAGAACGGACAAACAAAAUCAUUCAAGUUUGACUGCAACACGUCGAUCAAGGAUGUGAUCCUGACGUUACAGGAGAAACUCUCAAUCAAAAGCAUUGAGCAUUUCUCUCUGAUGCUGGAACACAAGAUGGAGGGAUGUCCCACAAAACUGAUGCUUCUACACGAGCAGGAGAUGCUCACACAGGUGACGCUGAGGCCGGGGUCACAUAAGAUGAAAUGCUUUUUCCGCAUCAGUUUUCUUCCCAAAGAUCCAGUGGAUCUUCUCAGGAGAGACGCCGUUGCCUUCGAUUACCUCUAUGUGCAGAGCUGUAAGGACGUGGUGCAGGAACGUUACGGCUCUGAGCUCAAAUACGACACGGCUCUUCGUCUGGCCGCUCUUCAGAUGUACAUCCUCACCCUCAGCACCAAACAGACACAGAAAGUCUCUCUGAAAUACAUCGAAAAGGAGUGGGGUCUGGCCCAGUUUCUGCCGCCGGCGGUUCUGUCCAGCAUGAAAGAGAAGAACAUCAAAAAAGCCCUCACACACAUUCUCAAGACAAACCAGAACCUGGUGCCUCCUGGGAAGAAGCUGACGGCGUUACAAGCCAAAGUCCAUUACCUGAAAUAUCUGAGCGAACUCCGACUGUACGGAGGACGAGUCUUCAAAUCAAUACUAGUCCAGGGAGAGAAACACACGGAGGUGACGCUGUUGGUCGGCCCCAGAUACGGCAUUAGUCAUGUGAUUAACACCAAAACCAAUUUGGUGGCCCUGCUAGCCGACUUCAGCCAUGUGAACAGAAUCGAGAUGUACACGGAGGAUGAGAGAAACGUGCGGGUGGAGCUUCACGUCUUAGAUGUCAAACCCAUCACACUGAUAAUGGAGUGCAGUGAUGCGAUGAAUCUGGCGUGUUUGACUGCUGGAUAUUACAGACUGCUGGUGGAUUCACGCAGAUCCAUCUUUAACAUGGCCAACAACAGCAACACCGCAGGACAUGACUCCAGGGCCAAGCAAAACUACCAGACGAUCGACUGGAACUACAGCCCCUGCGCUGCAUGCCAGGAGCCGCACCCGGAGUACAUCACGUGUGGCCGACAGGAGUGUGAUGUCAUCCCCACGGAAACCCAGUCACAGCAUCGCGCGCACGGAGACGACAGACCGAACCGAGGUCACGCUUGCUCUCAACAGUACUUCAGCGUCCCAAGAGCAAACCCCAAGACUCCCCAGAGCGCCAAGGUGUCCUUCAUAUUCGGGGAUCCUCCGCUGGACAUCGUCAACCCUCAGAACCUGGGAUACCAGAGACUGAUGGAGGACAUCCCGGAGGUUCUCGAGGAGCACAGAUACCUGUACGCUCAGCAGAGGGACUACAGGCCCCUGGAUGCUUCCAUGGAGGUCGACGGCUUUCAGUACGGCACAAACAUGGUCUACGGCGACGCAAAAAUCUUCGGCAUGACAGAGGGCAUCGAGGAGCCGCUGCUGCGUGACAUCUGCUAUGCGGAGACCAUCGACGACGCCGAGGAUGAUGAUGACAUCAGCUGCGAGGAGGACCUGAUGAUGAUGAUGAUGGGUGAGAAAGCCAACUCCCUCCUGUCUCUUUCGGAGUCCAGCGAUGACAUCAUCGACCUCACGUCGCUCCCGCCGCCACCGGAGGGCGACGGCGAGGAGGAGAACGACGAUCUUUUGCAGACUCUGAACUUGGCGAUCGCCGCCCCACCGCCAGGGUUCAGGGACAGCUCCGAUGAGGACGACCACCAGGGCUCUCGUGGACGACGGACGGCGACGAACGACAUCCCCGUGUCGCUGAUCGACUCUGUGCCAACGCAGGUGUCGGGAGGAACCCAGCAAGUGUUCAAUGAUGCUGUGGUGUCCACGCUGCAGGCGCUGGAGGCUCUCGCCGCCUCUGAAGAUCAGUCACGCCCACAAUCGGACAAUACUUCAGGUGUAGAAAUAUCUCGCUCCUUUAGCCCCGAGUCCUCGUCUGAUUCUGGGAAUGAGACAAAUUCCUCUGAAAUGACGGAGGGCUCGGAGCUGGCAGCAGCUCACAAACUCUCCGAAAACACUUUGAAAAUGUUUGUUGCCACAGCCGGCGGUUACCAAACGCUCGCCGCCGAGGAGACAGCCUUUCGUUUGACCCCCUGCGACUCUCAGUCCAGUCAGCCUCGAAACCUCCGCUCCGAGCACUUCGAGAUGGAGCCAGAAACCAUGGAAACCAAAUCUCUGACCGAAUACUUCAACAAGAUGCACAUGGACGUGAUGAUGGGAAUGAGAAGUGACGAGCGUGACGUGGAGCAGAGAAGUGGAGGAGAACCUGAAGCGCACCGGGAAGAUAACAGGAGGUACAACGGCUUCAACGUGAGAGAUUCCCAUCGAUCGAGUCCCUUUGACCUUGAGCGUAGGUCACUUGUGGCAAAAACAGACGGCCACGUUUACUCGGAGGUGGCUGGUGACUGCGGCACGCUGGACAGGGUCACUCAAAAGGUCAAGAGGGGCGAGUUGGACGGUUCGACGCUGAGGGGUUCUCCCGCUAAGGAGCAGCGAGCCCAUCAAACGAGAGCUGAACAUCCUCUGCCCAAACGGAUGUCGUCUCUCCAGAGCGAGGGCGUUCAUUCUCUUCAGAGCUCUCAGUCCUCGUCCAUCGACGCCGGCUGUUCUACGGGCAGCAGUAACUCAGUGACGCCGAUGGAUUCUCCUCUGUGCACGACUGAGAAUCCGCACGCCGAGUCCUCCGCCAAAGCCGGUGGAUAUCAGAACCAGAGCGCAGAUGUGGCUUAUCCGCGCAAGCAGCACGGAGCGGCCGGUGCUGAGUCGACCGCUGGUGCCGCCAGAGACGGGUGUCAGCGGAUGGCCAAGAUCAAAGAAACCACAGUGUAGCACGCUGACGACGAAGACAAAACCCAAGACUGGUCUUCUCUCACGACGUGUCCAUAUUCAUCCAUAGCACAGAUCCGCAUGUGCCAAACCAGAGGCGGCGGGAGGUCUGAAUUCUUCCCCGUUUAUAUUUGCACUCGGCCUCAAAUGACCCCCGCUCUGGUUGCCUCAGGGAGGCAGAAAUGGAGUUUUAAUAGGAACACUAUUGGCUCAGGGAGCAUUGACACUUUUUAUGGCGACUACAGCGAGCCGACGGUCCAAAUCCAUCGCAUCGACCGACCGAAGCUGAAAGCAGAAGAUUCAAAACCCCUGUCAUUCACAUCACUUGGAUAGCGCAGGACCGACUUCAUUUCAUCCAUCUGGAAUCCUUUCUGCGUAAGCGUUCGUCUCGCACCCUAAUGUAGUGAGGCGAUUGGACAGGAGAGGUCGGUGACAUCACCUCAACGAGAAAGAGCGUUUCACAGUUCUGUUGAUGUUAGAAUUAUGCACUGAUGAAUUUGCACACAGUGAAACCAGGAACGUGUAUCAAGAACGUAAAUACCAACACUUAUUUUUCAUCUCACUUUGACCUGCAGAAAUGAAUCUAGCGCAGGAAACACACCUCCAACCGUUCACACGUGCACACUGCUUUGAGAAAUACUCCAUUUCAGCCACAUUUUCUUUCAGAUUCCUCCGGACCGCAUGUGCAGAGCUUUUUGAUUUUCAAGCUGAUCAAAGGUUUGGAGUGACGUCGCAGCCGUUAGACGUCCGGUUCCGGUUUCUCACUGGGAGGCUUUGAAAGGUUAUUCUGACGACCAAAGCUCAAGUGCAUUGAAUGCAUCACAUUGCCAUGCAGUAAUGCUGUUAUUUGAUGUUAGGAAUGGACCUCGUACUGCUUUCAUUUAGCCAUAGCAAAGCCAUAUGACGACACCUAUACUGUAUGAUGGAAAUCAAGGUACGCGGCCCGUGUGAUGACGUGUGGUUUGUGUAUAUUUUGUUCAAUAUGUACAAUAGAGUUCUACAAUAUAUGAACAAGAAUUCUUCAAUGCAUAGCAUUUUUAAAAGAAGAUAUAUAUAUAUAUAUGUAUACAGUAAAUGACAUCACGGAUGGAUGCGUCAUUUCUUUUCUCCCGUGUGUUUACUCAGUUUAGCGGGAUGACAAAACUCACUGAACUUCAUAAUCUUCCAAUUUCUUCUCACUAAUAGUUGUUCUUUGUUUAGCUCAUACGGUGACAUUUCACAAGUAUAACCGUCAUGUGUUUUAUUUCAGUUAUCACACCAUUAAAGAUCUCCGCUUGGUUAC